AUGUCAACAAUUUCACCAACAUUAAGAACUACUUCAACUUCUAAACUUAUCACAUUAGCUGCUGGUUGCUUCUGGGGUGUUGAAAAAGUUUUUCAAAAACAAUUUGCUGGUAAAGGUUUAAUUGAUAUUAAAGUUGGUUAUGCAAAUGGUAUUCCAACAAUUGGAAAUGUAAAUUAUCAACAAGUAUGUUCUGGUCAAACAAAUUUUGCUGAAGCUGUACAAUUAUCUUAUGAACCAUCACAAUUGACUAUUUCCGAAAUUUUAGAUAUAUUUUUCAGAAUGCAUGAUCCAACUACUAUAAAUUCACAAGGAAAAGAUAUAGGAACACAAUAUAGAUCAGCUAUAUUAACUCAUCUGGAAGAAGAUCAAAAAGUAGCAUGGCAAUUAAAAGAUCAAUAUCAAAAAGAAUGGUAUCCAAAUGAUAAAAUAGCUACAAUUAUAGAACCAAUUAAGAUAUGGUAUGAUGCUGAAGAUUAUCAUCAGCAAUAUUUACAAAAGAAUCCAAGUGGAUAUGAAUGUUCAACUCAUUUUAUAAGAACGAAGCCUAAAGUAUAA